AUGAAAUCAGGCCAAGAAUGCAGCACUGCACAGGAGACAGUGAGAGGUGCUGGCAUCAGAGUUCCAGCAGAGUUCAACGUCUUCCCCUUUCUGGGAGUAUCAACUCACAUCCCAAAAUUAGCAGGUGCAGGGACGGCUGCCAUGCAGGAAAGCAGAGGAAGGUCUGGCACUGCUGCUGCCCUGGGAGGCGUCAGUGGCACCUGGCUCGACUUCCUGAGGCAGGCCAGGCCAGUUUACCCAUUGUUCUUUGCAGAAGGUCUAAAACCAGGUCAAAGAAAGGUUUUAUUUACUUGUUUCAAAAGGAAUGACAAACGAGAGGUGAAAGUUGCCCAAUUAGCUGGGUCAGUGGCUGAGAUGUCCUCUUAUCAUCAUGGUGAGAUGUCACUGAUGAUGACUAUUAUCAACUUGGCCCAAAAUUUUGUGGGUAGCAAUAACCUGAACCUCUUGCAACCCAUUGGUCAGUUUGGUACCAGGCUACAUGGUGGCAAGGAUUCUGCUAGUCCUCGAUACAUCUUCACGAUGCUCAGCCCUUUGACUAGGUUGUUAUUUCCACCAAAAGAUGAUCAUACCUUAAGGUUUUUAUAUGAUGACAACCAGCGUGUUGAGCCUGAAUGGUACAUUCCUAUUAUCCCCAUGGUACUGAUAAAUGGUGCUGAAGGAAUUGGUACAGGGUGGUCCUGCAAAAUACCUAAUUUUGACAUUCGUGAAGUUGUAAAUAACAUCAGGCGUUUGAUGGAUGGAGAAGAACCUUUACCAAUGCUUCCAAGUUACAAGAACUUCAAGGGUACAAUUGAAGAGCUGGCUCCAAAUCAAUAUGUGAUUAGUGGUGAAGUGGCAAUUCUUAAUUCAACAACCAUUGAAAUCUCAGAACUUCCCAUCAGAACAUGGACCCAGACUUAUAAGGAACAAGUUCUUGAGCCCAUGUUGAAUGGCACUGAGAAGACACCCCCUCUUAUAACAGACUAUAGAGAAUACCAUACAGAUACAACCGUGAAGUUUGUUGUGAAGAUGACUGAAGAGAAACUGGCAGAAGCAGAGAGAGCUGGACUCCACAAAGUCUUUAAACUCCAAACUAGUCUCACAUGCAACUCUAUGGUACUUUUUGAUCAUGUAGGCUGUUUAAAGAAAUAUGACACAGUCUUAGAUAUCCUAAGAGACUUCUUUGAACUCAGGCUUAAAUAUUAUGGACUGAGAAAAGAAUGGCUUCUAGGAAUGCUUGGCGCUGAAUCUGCUAAACUGAAUAAUCAGGCUCGCUUCAUCUUAGAGAAAAUAGAUGGCAAAAUAAUCAUUGAAAAUAAACCUAAGAAAGAAUUAAUUAAGGUUUUGAUCCAGAGGGGUUAUGACUCAGAUCCAGUGAAGGCUUGGAAAGAAGCCCAGCAAAAGGUUCCAGAUGAAGAAGAAAAUGAAGAGAGUGAUGAAAAUGAAUCUGAAAAAAGUGACUCUGUAACAGAUUCUGGACCAACUUUCAAUUACCUUCUUGAUAUGCCUCUUUGGUAUCUAACUAAGGAAAAGAAGGAUGAACUAUGCAAAUUAAGAAAGGAAAAAGAGGAAGAAUUAGAUAUAUUAAAGGGGAAGAGUCCAUCAGAUUUAUGGAGAGAAGACUUGGCUGUUUUUAUUGAAGAACUGGAGAUUGUUGAAGCCAAGGAACUAAAAGAUGAACAAGUAGGACUAGUUGUGAAAGGGGGGAAAGCAAAAGGGAAAAAAACCCAACUGACUGAAAUCCUGCCUUCACCAAGUGGAAAAAGAGUCAUCCCAGUAGUGACUGUGGAAAUGAAAGCAGAGGCAGAAAAAAAAGUUAAAAGGAAAAUUAAGAAUGAAAACACUGAAGGAAGCCCUCAGGAGGAUGGUAUGGAACUAAAAAAAAGAAUAGAAAAGAAACUGAAAAAAGAUUCAGGUCCCAAAACAAAGAAACAAACUACACUGCCUUUUAAACCAAUCAAAAAAGGGAAGAAAAGAAACCCCUGGUCUGAUUCAGAAUCAGAUAAGAGCAGUGAUGAAAGUAAUGUUGAUGUCCCUCCACGUGAAAUAGAGCUACGGAGAGCAACAACAAAAACUAAAUUCACAGUAGAUUUGGACUCAGAUGAAGAUUUCUCUGAAUUUGAAGAAAACGAUCAAGAUGAAGAGUUUGUUCCAUCAGAUUAUGAUUUGCCUACAACCAAAACUUCCCAAAAACAAACUAACAAAGAACAGAAACCAUCAAAAAGUGCCGAAUCAGACCUUGAUGCUGAUGACGCCAUGAAAAAUGCACCACUUUCUCCAAGUUCCCCUGCUGCUGAUUUAACAGCUGAAACUGAAACAACAGAGCCUGUUUCUAAAAAGAAUGUGACUGUGAAGAAAACAGCAGCAAAAAGUCAAUCUUCCACCUCCACUGUAGGCACCAAAAAAAGGGGUGCACCAAAAGCAACCAAAAAGGAGUCAGGCUUGAAUUCUGAAGCCUCUAAAAAGCCUGCUCCUACCAAAACGAAGAUUUGUCGCAAAAGGAAACCUUCUUCUGAUGAGGAUUCUGACUCUAAUUUUGAGAAAAUGAUUUCUAAGGCCACAAAUAAGAAAUCUAAGGGAGAGAACGACGACUUUGAAAUGGAUUUAGACACCACAGUAGCCCCGAGGAUAAAAUCUGGACGGGCAAAGAAACCUAUAAAGUACCUUGAAGAAUCAGAUGAUGACGAUCUGUUUUAA